CAGCCUCUGUUGGCGUGUAGCUUGACGACUCGCGUGCAGUGCUAGAGAUUCGAUCGUGUGCACCGGACCGGUCGGCUUCGCGAUUCUGUUCUUUCUGUUGCGUCCUAAUGUUUCAUUGAUCAUCAUGACUUCAAGGACUUUGCUAUUUAGUUUGUGUUUUAUAGUAACUUCGAAUAACGUCCAUGGACAAAAGGCCAUAGGACUGGAGUGUCCAUCGCUGGACAAAGGCGACAGCUACACGCAGUCGGAGUUCCUCUCGCGGCUGGCCAACGAGUGUCGGUACGACCGCUUGUUGCUGCCCACCUACAUCUCCGGAGACACCGUCUACGUGCACGCCAGCUCCUAUAUCUACUUCAUACAGCCUGCGGAGGCCCAUGAUCUGAAUUUCAAAUUACAUUUUUUACUACAACUUCGAUGGUCCGAUCCACGUUUGGCAUACGCUCUAUUUUCUCCACAACGUGUAAACAUUAUCGGGGAGAAUGACCUGCGGCAACGGAUUUGGGUGCCACAUCUGUACAUGUCAAAUGAGCAGUCAUCCAGCCUGAUGGGCACGGAUAGCAAAGACGUGCUGAUCUCCGUGGCGCCCAACGGGGAAGUCGUGUUCAGCCGCAGAAUGCAAGCCGUCUUGUACUGUUGGAUGAAUCUGCAGAAGUUCCCUUUUGACGAACAAACUUGUUCUAUGAAUCUUGAGAGUUGGAAAUACAACGCAUCCAUUUUGCGCCUGAUGUGGGAAAAGGACAUACCGCCGGUUCGUCUUUCACCUGAACUGCAUCUAACAGAAUAUUCUCUCAUAGACUUCUGGACAAACGAGUCCGUAGUCAGGGGUGACAUAGCAAGUAUGCGCCUCAUUGGAGGUAGAUCCGACAACUACAGCGCACUAGAGUUUGCUUUCCAGUUAGGACGAAAAGAAGGGUUUUACCACAUGGACUACUUCAUCCCUUCCGUAAUGAUUGUGGCCAUGUCUUGGGUCACGUUUUGGAUAAGAGCGGACGCAUCUGCUCCAAGAAUCAUACUAGGCACGAGUACAAUGUUGUCGUUUAUCACGCUCGCGUCGAGUCAGGCUAAAACGCUACCCAAAGUGUCGUACAUCAAAGCCAGCGAGAUCUGGUUCCUGGGCUGCAUCGGGUUCAUCUUCGCCGCUUUGGUCGAGUUCGCGUUUGUCAAUACUAUUUGGCGAAGAAAGAAAGUGGUUAGUUUGAAGAAAGUGAACAGCAAGUACAUCCUGAAGAGUACAUUGACGCCGCGGCUGGCGCGCAAGGAGCUCCAGAAGGAGUUGGAGACGUCACCCCAGCUAUCCAAGUCGCGCUCGUGCUCCUCGCUGAACCAGGACACCAGCAGUGACCCCGCCGGCCCCACCUACAAUAACUACCUCACCGUGCACAGCUUCCCAUCGGCAAUGAACUUGCCGACCAUCACAACGCAGAGUUACGACGACCUCAUACAGGGCCCGGGCGGACACAAGCCUCCCGGAGCUCCCAACGGCUCCGGCAGCGAUGGCUCCGACGACCCCCCGAAACAGCACACCUGGACGCAGAUGACGCCGCAGGAGAUCGCCACGUGGAUCGACAAGCGCUCCCGGGUCAUGUUCCCAGUACUCUUCAUCUUCUUCAACAUUAUUUACUGGACUUUCGUCUACUGCCUAUGAUUACACGUUGCCAGCUUGAGCAAUAUCGAAUGACAAUGAAUCACGGUGCGUCAAUCAUUUGGUUCCUUGACGAAUAAAUGUAUCAUAGGAAUUUUGCGCAAGUAUAAGGAAAUAUACUUGGAAUUUACAUUGCUAACUACUUGUUCGUAAAUUUUGUUGUGUGAUAUGAAAGGGCUUGAACUAUACAUAAAAAAACUGAAAUUUACAUACAGUCAUUCCUUAGAUUAUGUAGCAUAAUGUAUAAAUAAGAUUUUGUGUUGGAUGUUGAGGUCAAUCAUACGGUCAAUCGAGCGCCAGUGAGACAGCAAAGAUCGUUUUGCAAACAAACGAGUUUUCAUUCAUAGAAUUAAUGCAAAAAUAUAAUCUACGGUUUUCCUGGGCGUAAGUUUCCGAUAUAGAAUAUACCUUUACGUAUCAUACGACUAGAACGUGGCCAUAUUUUUUUAAGUAGAAAAUUUAAUGUUAAGAGUAAAAAAAAUUGUUCCUGUUAUUGAAAAACCUUGCCUAAAUUCGAAAGAAAAAAAUAUACAAAACAUGAAAGGUUGGUUUUAAAAAUCUUAUGAAGUUGCUACUUCCACAUAAAUAAAAUCAAAAUAUUAUUCUACAUCUGAAUAGAAAAUUGCUAUGUAAUCAUUCAGUACUAUUAAUAAUAGUAUAUUAAUGCCUACAUCGUGCGUUUUCUAUGGAUAGUGUGUAUAUGUAUAGUUUUAAAUAAUGCAAUUUUGAUCCUUAGAAACUGUAUAGGUACUUCUCACAAAUUGAAACGUAAUUAAUAACGGAAUGGUUGUGAAUAUUGUUACUUAGAUAUUAUAUAUUUUUUAAUGUAAAUUCAAUUUUUAUAUUAUAUAAGUACUUAUAAUCUAAGUACCUACCCUGUGAGAUUAUUGUUAAUGGUAUUUAAUAUUUUAGUAGGUGAUCAUAUAUUUGUAUAAGGCAAUAAAAAUAGGCGAAUGAAAAUAUAGGUUAAUUAAAUUGUGCCUGUGGGUACUUAAUAUUAAUAAAUAAAUAUAUAAGAACAGAUCACACAGAUUGAGUUAGCCCCAAAGUAACUUCGAGACUUGUGUUAUAGGAUACUAACUCAACGAUACUAUAUGUUAUAACAUAUACAUAUAUAGAUAAACAUCCAAGACCCGGGCCAAUCACAAAAGAUCAUUUUCCAUCGAACCCGGGACCUCUCGGUUCAAAGGCAAGGACAGGCAAAGACUUUACCACUGCGCCACCGAGGUCGUCAGCAAUAUUAACGGAAUCUUAAGAAAUGCUUAAUUUUAUAAUUGUCGUUAUUUUAUUUAUGUUCAAUUAGGAACAUUUUAAACUUACAAGCGGAAACAAAUUAAAUAAAACAAAAUUUAACACAUAUACAAAUAUUUUUUAUUUUAAGAUUUUGAA